AUGGUACAAGAAAUUUCAAUAAGAGAGCGUUCUUCGUUCGGAUUCGUACAUUAUUUUUCUUUUCGCUCGAUCGUUAAUUGCAACGUAAAGAUGGAUAAAAUAAACGGUAAAACUGUUGCAAUUACCGGUGGAAGUAGCGGUCUUGGAUACAAAUAUGCCGAGGAUUUGCUAAAGAAUGGUGCCAAGAGUGUGGCCAUUUUGGAUCUGGCCAAUUCGAAAGGUACCCAAUCUGUGUCAACAUUGGAAAAAGAAUUCGGCAAAAAUCGAGCCAUCUUUAUACCUUGCGACGUAACGAACGCUUCACAAUUCGAAGAGGCAGUAAAGAAAGUCAUCUGUACCUUCAAUAACAUUGAUAUAUUUAUCAACAAUGCCGGAAUUUUAGAUGAAUCUCGUUGGGAAGAAAUGAUCGACAUUAACGUCACAGCUUUGAUUCGUUCAACUUUACUGGGAAUACAGCAAAUGCGUCGAGAUUCGGGUGGAAAAGGAGGCGUUGUCCUUAAUGUCUCCUCGAUCGCUGGUCUAUGUGCUUUACCAAAACUUCCAGUUUACUCCACUACCAAACACGCCGUGGUGAAUUUUAGCCGUUCCUUCGCCCAACCUUAUCACUAUCAGAGAACAAAGGUAAGAAUCAUAGUACUCUGUCCAGGCCUGACCGAGGCAAAUCACGAAGAUUUUCAAAGCAAUCUUACGGAUCCUCGAAAGUACCAACCCCAAAGAGUCCAAUCAGUUGCCCAUGGACUGAUCUAUGCGAUCAGAUGCGCUCAAAAUGGAAGUAUAUGGAUAAGCGAGCAAGGUAAACCUGUUUAUGAAGUUCAACUGUCCGAUAGUUUACCGCAGAAGACGGAUCAACCGGAGGAACAACAGAGUCGGGAAAGUUCUCUCUCUUUCUUUCUCUCAUUCUAUUUUUUCUCUUUUAUCACUUCUUUUUUUUUGUUAAGUAGCAGAGCUAUCGACAAACAACGCGUUGCUUCGAUUCCUUCGAAAUCGGUCUUUCUGCCUUCUCUCUCUUGCAUGCACCAUGCGCGCGCGCAUACACACGUUCCUUUUGACCAAGAAGCUGAUCAAAGAGGAACCAGCCGUUCUCUUCCCUCUUCUUUCUCGAAACGAAGCGUGAAACGCCAAGUAGUAAUAACGCGUCUCCGAUUAAUGUCAUUCGAUUCGUAUAAAUACCAUUCGGAGAAAGCGUCGAUCUCAGUUUGCUUCUUUGCGACCGCUACGUUCGUUCUGUCAUCCUUUUUUCGAUUCUUAUCGGUUUAUUUAUUUCGAAAAUCCAAAAUGGAGAUGAUAGCGCCACGGAUGAGCAGACGACGUUCCUCGGCCUCGGAAAGAGCCAAAGAAUUGGAAGAAAUCAAUGGUUUCGUAUCGGAUAAAAAUAUUUUAAUAACCGGCGGCGCCUCUGGUCUAGGUUACGCUUUCGUCAAUCGCUUUUUAAAACAUGGAACAAACAAAAUAACUAUACUCGAUAUUGACGGAGAGACUGGUAAAAGGAUUAGCUUGGGUAUAGAGAAGUCGUACGGUGAAAACAAAGUAUACUUCGUACAAAGUGACGUAACCAAACAAGAACAAUUGAUAGAGGCCUUCGAGGAAGCGUCAAUAUUAAUGGGCGGCAUUGACAUAGUGAUAAACAAUGCUGGAAUACUCGACGAACGACGUUGGGAACGUGAGAUCGCCGUGAACAUCACUGGAAUGAUCUCGACAGCGAUGUUGGCUGUCAAAUACAUGAGCAAAGAGAACGGUGGACACGGUGGAAUAUUGGUGAACGUCAGUGAACGCAUGAACGUCGGUAAUACGGCUCAACUUCCAGUUUAUGCAGCCACAAAACACGCGAUCAUAGGUCUUUCGCAAUCUCUCGCAGAUCCUGAUCACUACGAAAAAACAGGAAUAAGCGUGAUAACGUUGUGUCCUGGGUUAACAGAAACCGGACUCACCAUCGACAGUCCGAACAAAUUACUAUCCAGAGUAAUGAAAGCGGAUUUUGUGAAGAACUUGGAACAGAUCCCCAUACAAACACCGUACGUCGUCGCUGAGGGACUACUGAACGUUCUACGUUUCGGUGAAUCCGGUAGCAUUUGGGUCAUCGAGAGUGGCCGUCAACCUUACGAGAUUUAUGUACCAAAUCCUCGUACUCUACGUCGACGUUAUAAGAACAACAUGACGUACGUCGAAACUAAAAUUGGAAAAGGACGCACGAUAACGAAAGUUUGCGACAGUGCUACGAGAACUAGCGUAAUUUGUGCUUGAUCGGAACACGAGUUAUUUCUUUACCUUUAAUUUUAAGUUUCCUAAGCGAAUUGCAUUUCGAAAGUAGGAAGAAAAUGCUCUAACGAUAAGAAGUAAUUAAUCUGUAAGCUGUAUACGAGUAUAUCGUUAUGUACAGCUACAGGUUAAUAAAAAAAAAAGACAAAAGAAAGAGGUCGAUUACUAUUACAAAGAUUA